AUGGCGGCGCACGUCUUCUCCUCCGUCGAGCCACCGCUGUUCUCAGCCUCGCCGGUGGCCGGAGUUGGCGGCCGGCGACGUCGAUCCUUCCGCCCUUGCAUGGUGACGAGCCCUACCCGGGACUCCCACGCGAUGGCCGAUGGUUUUGACUUCCAGGAGGGCCUGAAGAGUGUUAAGGAAAUGCUGCAUCAAAACCAUAAGGAAAAGAGGAAGGUGAUGACUGAUAUUGAUCACCUCAAGCGCCUCUGCAUCGACCACUAUUUCCAAAACGAGAUCAAUGAUGGCAUGGAUGCGUGCUUGAAUCUUGUUGACAGUGAUGAUCUACUAGAUGCAACACUUUCCUUCAGGCUACUGAGAGAAGAUGGAUAUGAUAUUUCAGCAGAUGAGGUUCUUCAAAAGUUUGUCAAUGAAAACGAGGACUUCAACGUUGAUCAUACCAAAGACAUCAGAGGGUUGCUCAGCUUGCAGGACAUAUCACACUUGAACAUGGGAGAAGCAUCACUAUACAAGGCAAAUGACUUCUCAAGGAAACACCUCACUUCUGCAAUUAAACACUUGGACCUAAACCUUGCAAGAUAUGUGAGGCAUUCACUGGAUCAUCCCUACCAUGUGAGCCUGAUGCAGUACAAGGCUAGACACCACCUGAGCUAUCUCCAGAGCUUGCCCACUCGGAACACUGCAAUGGAGGAGCUGGCACUUGCAGACUUCAAGCUUAACAAGUUGCAGCAUCAGAUGGAAAUGCAAGAGGUUAAGAGAUGGUGGAUGGGCCUGGGAUUGGCUCAAGAAAUACCAGCUACGCGUGACCAAAUUCUUAAAUGGUACAUGUUUCCCAUGACUAUCCUCCAGGGGCAAUCCUUCUCCAGAUACCGGAUUGAGAUAACCAAAAUCAUUGCAAUUGUCAGUAUUGUGGAUGACAUCUUUGAUGUUGUUGCAACACAAGAGGAGCUUUCUCGCUUCACCGAGGCAAUCAGAACGUGGGAUCUUGCAGCUGCUGCAUCACUUCCAAGCUACAUGAGAUCAUGCUACAGUUCUCUUUAUACAAUCACAAAUGACAUCGCAGAUAUGGCUGAAAGAGAACAUGGGCUGAACCCUAUUGAUCAUCUCAAAAAAGAUUGGGCCAUGCUUUUCGAUGCAUUUUUGCUUGAGGCGAAAUGGUUGUCUGCUAAUCAUGUUCCUUCCCUAGAUGACUACCUAUCGAACGGCGUCAUCACUACAGGAGGACCACUUGCACUUGUGCAUCUCUUUUCCAUGCUAGGACAUGAUCCAACAAGGGAUGCUACAAACCUCACGGCCGGCCGUAUCCCUCCGAUAAUCUCCUGCCCGUCAAAGAUCUUGAGACUUUGGGAUGACAUGGGCAGUGCCAAGGACGAAGCGCAAGAUGGCCUGGACGGAUCAUACAAGGAGUUGUACCUGAAAGAGAACCCCGGUGGCGACGCGAAGGGGCAUAUGCUGGCGCUGAUCGAGAGUGAGUGGGGGGAGCUCAACAGGGAGUGCUUCUCCAGGAGGACAUUCCCGCCCAGCAUGACCCGGAUCUCGCUAAACCUCGCGAGGAUGGUGAGGGUCCUCUUUGGCUACGGCGAAGGGCAGACGCUCCCCGUCCUUGAGGAGUACAUAAGGAUGCUCUUGUUAUGA